AUGCUCAACAUGGUAAUGGAGAACGUCUCCUCGCACAAACACUUCAUCCUCAACGGCUUCUACGAACUCGGAGCGCUGAGGCCCGUCCUCUUCAUCCCUUUCUUCUUCAUGUUCGUUGUGUCGUUAUUUGCCAACUCCCUGCUGCUGUACGUCAUCAUUACGCAGAAAAGCCUCCACUCACCGAUGUACAUCCUCAUCGCUGCCAUGGCAGGUGUGGACCUGAGCCUCCCGCUGUUCUUCGUCCCAAACAUGCUGCUGAAUUUCUUGUUUGACUGGAGGGGAAUCUCUCUGAUUGGCUGCCUGGCUCAGAUGCACUUCAUUCACUUCGUUGGAGCUUUUCAGUCCACAUUGCUUGUAUGGAUGGCACUGGACCGCUACUUUGCCAUCUGCACGCCACUUUAUUACCGUGAACGCAUGGCGUUACCGAAAUUUUUCAACUUUAUAAUCCCGCUUGUGGUAAGAAAUGCCCUCAUGAUCACACUGUUUGUGAGUCUGGCCGGAUCGUUGUCGUUCUGUGCUGUAAAUUUAAUAAACCACUGCUUCUGUGAGCACAUGGCCUUGGUGGAGCUGGCCUGUGGAAGUACAGCCAUCAACAACCUGGUGGGGCUGCUGACCGUGUUACUCAUCCCCGUGGCUGACUUCAUCUUUAUUGCUGCCUCUUAUGUGGUGAUAUUCAGCUCUGUGCUCAAGUCCGGCAGGGCGGGGGUGAAAGCUCUCCACACCUGCAUCACCCACAUCAUGGUCAUCACUGUCAGCCUGACCAUCGCGCUUGUUGCUUUUCUGUCAUAUAGGAUCAGAAAUGGUCUUCCUUCUGCCAGUCGGGUUUUCUUCAGCACCAUGUACCUGCUGUUUCCGAGCUGUUUCAACCCGAUCAUCUACGGCAUCAGAACCACCGAGAUCCGACAGCACAUUGUGAAGACACUGGCGUGCUGUCGCUGUGACCAGACUGUGCCUGAUUCUUAA